GGUCCCUCCUCUCCCCUCCCCCCCCCCACCUUCCCUGUCAUGGACAGGCGUGCGCUACAACAGCUUGUUCUGAAUAUGCACGUAAAACCCUAUGACAUGACAUGACAUAAAUAUCAGUCUCUCCCAUUGAUCAGCCAUCAUGACAGCUAGUUUUUAAAAUUUAUCACGAAUUAAUCGAACGCCAUCCAGAGGGAAAAAACGACCAUCUAACAUCAUGCCAGGAAAUAGGAAAAGAAAAGUGGCUGCUCAGGCAACUACCGGGAGAGCGAAGAGGAGGAUCGCCCAGCCGGUGCAAUAUCGAUCGACGUUGGAGCCGCGUGAAGCACGGAUUGAAAUUGACGAGGGACAAAGGAGGAGGACAGAAAAAGAUGACGUCGCACCAAGGAUUAGAUGGGAACGACGGGCAAAGUAGGAGAGAAGAAGAACGGGUCGAGGUGGAAAGAAGAGCCUGGGGCAGGGAAACUUCAAUCCAGUUCGAAACGGGCGCCGGCCGACAUGGGACAACGGUGGGACAAGUUCCGGAAGCUGACACCAGAUGCAGACUUGAUUCCCGCCAAGAUACCUCCACAGGUGUGGCAGCUUUGACAGCAGAGGCAGAUAGGGUUAUAAAAAAUUCUAUGGCAAGUCAGACAUGGAACACCUACAAAACUGCAGAGAAGUGGCUAGAAAAGUUUAGACUGCAAUUUAAGUUGUCUCCAUUAUGGCCAGUGCCUUUAGAACACUUAAUCCACUUUAUUGCUUAUCUUUCUCUGGAACAAUUAUCACCAUCCACCGUUCGAACCUACAUUAGCGGAUUAAGUAACUGGCAUAGAUUAACUGGGUAUGGGGACCCGACAGAGCACUUUGUAAUUUCAAAGCUCCUGGAGGGAUGUAGUAGGGGGAAUACUAGACUGGAUGUACGAAGCCCCAUCACUUUGCCAGUCUUAGAGAAGAUAGUGGCAGCAUUAUCACAUGUUUGUUCGUCUCAGUUCGAGACUGAGCUCUUUGCAACAGCUUUUAAGUUGGCCUUUUUCGCAUUCCUACGUGUGGGGGAAAUAACAUCUGCUACACAAGGUGAUAUUUCAAACAGGGCUGUUGGGGUACAUGAUGUUAGUUUAAUUUUCAGAUUGGGGGAACAACUGCCAUAUCGGGUAAAGCUUUUCAUAAGAAAAUCUAAGAAUGACCAAAGGGGUAACAGCUAUUUACUGUACCUGGAAAGAUUCACAAAUGAGAACAUCUGUCCAGUUCUGGGGGUAUACAAAUAUUUGAAGUCAAGAAAUAAGACCGGUUCUCCCCAGUUGCUGACCCAUUACAAUGGGGUAUCUGUAACCAGAUACCAGUUUAACACCAUUCUCAAACGGACAUUACAGUUUAUAAAUAGCAAAGGCCAAUGUUACAAAUCACAUAGUUUUAGAAUAGGAGCGGCAACAGAAGCGGUGGCAAGGGGUGUACCCGAGGAAACCAUAAAGCUGUGGGGCCGUUGGCGUUCAGGGGCUUACAACAGGUAUAUUCGGUUUCCACAUAAGUAAUUUAUCAAUGUAAAUUUAUCAAUUGUAAUUAGGCAUGAAGUGUGGAUAAUUGGAUCAUCAAUAGUGCAUUGGGCGGGAAUCCAGGCGCAAACCAAACCAGGUGGAGGUAACCUAGGGCUGCAACAGGCGGGUAUAAGUGUAAAAUGGUAUGGGAAUAGGGGAAUGCGGUGGUUGCAGUUAGAUCAGUUUAUUUUCGGUAAGUUACAACAUCAAACCCCACCUAAUUCCAUGAUCUUGCAACUGGGAUCCAAUGA